UUGGUUGCUGCCACCUAGAUAUAUGAACGAGGCUUCUCUACUUUACAGGUUAACCCUUUUCCAUUUCAGUGGCUGAAUCCUUACCCACGUGUAUCUGCAACCGGGCAUCGCCGGUACCCUCCUCGCCCAGCUCAGCCCCAAGCCACCUCCAGUCCACUCUUUCUUUUCUCCAAUUUCCAACCCAGCAACUUAGCAACCACCGCCCGAUCCCGUCUCGGACCGUUCAUUUCUUCUCCAUUUCGCACCGCUGCUGCCGGUGCCCAGUCAAGCGUCUCCGUCGUCUAUAUAUGUCAAUAUAUUGAAUGGUUUCUUGUUCCAAAAGAAAGGUGAUUCAGGUAUAAAUAGUGGAGGGGAGGGGUAAAGGAUUGAUACAGAAGUUGUAGAGAUGCAUCUGUACAAUGCCUGGCUUCCACCCCCUGUGGCGGAGGCGACGAAGGGGGAGAAGGAGGCCUUCGGCCGCGUUAUAGCGGCAGUGAAGGAGGCGUGGCGGCCGGAGGAUCCUGAAUCUGUGUAUUCCACUCUCAAAUGGAUUUCAGUCAUUGACCUUUUCAUAAAGGCGAAAAGUGAAGUAUGUUUAGAAGACGUGGGUGCACUUACGGAAAUUGGUUUAGAAUUGUUUCACAAAUCACAUAAUAAACUUUAUGCCCAGGUUAGAUGGGGGAACAUUCUAGUCAGGUUACUUAACAAGUACCGAAAGAAGUUGGCCUUGAAAGUUCAAUGGCGACCUUUCUACGAUACUUUGAUCCAGACACACUUCACAAGGAAUACCGGCCCAGAAGGGUGGAGACUGAGACAACGACAUUUUGAGACUGUGACAUCUCUUGUUCGAUCGUGCCGGAGGUUCUUCCCACCAGGUUCUGCUUUCGAGAUAUGGUCCGAGUUUAAAUCUCUGCUGGAAAAUCCAUGGCAUAACUCUUCCUUUGAAGGCUCUGGUUUUGUGAGACUGUUUCUUCCAACAAACUUGGAUAACCAGGACUUCUUUUCACAUGAUUGGAUUAAGGAGUGUCUAGACCAGUGGGCCUCAAUACCAAAUUGCCAGUUUUGGAACAGUCAAUGGGCAGCUGUUAUAGCUCGUGUUAUUAAAAACUACAACUUCAUUGACUGGGAGUGUUUCUUACCCGUGCUUUUCACUAGAUACUUAAACAUGUUUGAGGUUCCUGUGGCAAAUGGAAAUGGAUCAUAUCCUUUUUCUGUGGAUGUUCCAAGAAAUACGAGGUUCUUGUUUUCAAAUAAAGCUGUCACCCCAGCAAAGGCCAUUGCAAAAUCAGUUGUGUAUCUCUUAAAAGUUGGUAGUUCAGCACAAGAGCACUUUGAGAAAUUGGUCAACCUCUUAGAACAAUAUUACCAUCCCUCUAAUGGGGGUCGCUGGACAUAUUCCUUGGAGCGGUUUUUACUCUAUUUGGUAAUUACAUUCCAGAAACGUCUACAGUAUGAACAACAGGACAUUGAUAACAAUAGGCAGGCUGAAUUGUAUCUAGGAAGAUCAGAAAGGAUGUCUUUUGUCAAUGUGGUGCUGAAGUUAAUUGACCGUGGUCAGUACAGCAAAAAUGAACAUCUUUCUGAGACAGUUGCUGCAGCAACUUCUAUUUUGUCUUAUGUUGAGCCCUCAUUGGUUCUUCCAUUUUUAGCUUCUCGAUUCCAUCUGGCCUUGGAGACGAUGACAGCCACUCACCAGUUGAAAACUGCUGUGACAUCUGUAGCAUUUGCUGGGCGAUCGCUGUUUCUGACAUCCUUAUCAACUUCUGCAAAAUCAGAUGAUCUUGCUGGUGCUGAUGUGUUCAUUGAUCUUCUAUCAAUUUCAUUAUCCAAUGCAUUACUUGGUAUGGAUGCCAAUGAUCCUCCUAAAACCUUGGCGACCAUGCAGUUAAUUGGUUCCAUAUUUUCCAAUAUGGCUACACUGGAAGACAAUACAGAAGAGUGUUCAUUCAUGCCAAGUAUCUGUUUUUCUGAGUGGCUUGAUGAGUUCUUAUGUCGGCUAUUUUCCUUACUUCUACACUUGGAACCUAGCAGUGUUCUGAAUGAAGGCCUUCAUUCAUCAGCAACAUCAGGAACUUUUCUGGUUGAGGAUGGCCCUUAUUACUUUUGUAUGCUGGAAAUCUUGCUUGGGAGACUUUCAAAGUCACUGUAUAACCAGGCUUUGAAGAAAAUUUCCAAGUUUGUCAGGACAAAUAUUCUUCCUGGGGCCAUUGCAGAGGUUGGACUGCUUUGUUGUGCAUGUGUUCAUUCAAAUCCAGAAGAAGCAGUUGUUAGCCUUAUUGAACCUAUUCUAUCAUCUGUUAUAUCCUCUUUAAAAGGAACUCCUGUGACGGGGUUUGGAGGAAGUGGAAUUUCUGAUCCCUCAGUUUCAGCCAAGGCAAAACCCACAAUUUCCCCAGCUCUUGAAACAGCAAUUGAUUAUCAAUUGAAAAUACUAUCAGUUGCCAUCAGUUAUGGAGGUCCUGCACUUCUUCGUUAUAGGGAUCAAUUUAAAGAAGCCAUCAUUUCUGCCUUUGAAUCCCCCUCAUGGAAGGUUAAUGGAGCUGGUGAUCAUGUCCUUCGUUCCCUUCUUGGAAGCCUGGUUCUUUAUUAUCCUAUUGAUCAGUACAAGUGUAUUUUGCAUCAUCCCGAUGCUGCUGGACUCGAGGAAUGGAUCAGCACAAAAGAUUAUGUAAAUGAUGAACCGUUGAUUGGCCCAAAGUGGCAUGUGCCUAGUAAAGAAGAAGUUCAUUUUGCAAAUGAACUUUUAAACUUGCAUUUUCAAUCAGCUUUAGAUGAUCUUUUGAGAGUAUGCCAAACUAAAAUGCACUCUGAUCCAGGAAUUGAGAAAGAGCACUUGAAAGUGACUCUGUUGCGUGUUGAUUCUUCAUUGCAAGGUGUUUUGUCAUGCUUGCCUGAUUUUAGACCAUCCAGGAAUGGGAUGGUUGAAGAUCAGGGUCAUAUUUCUUUCUUAAUAGCUGGGUCAACGGGUUCGAGUGUUGGCAGCACUGAACUGCGGGAAAAGGCUGCUGAGAUCAUCCACACAGCCUGCAAAUAUUUAAUAGAGGAGAAAUCGGAUGACAGCAUUUUAUUGAUACUUAUUAUUCGUAUAAUGGAUGCUUUAGGAAACUAUGGCAAUUUAGAAUAUGAUGAGUGGUCACAUCACAGACAAGCUUGGAAAUUGGAAUCUGCUGCCAUUAUAGAACCUCCGAUAAAUUUUAUUGUGUCAUCUCAUUCUAAAGGAAAGAGAAGGCCUAGGUGGGCACUUACCGACAAGGCAUACAUGCAUAGCACAUGGAGAUCAUCACAGUCAUCAUAUCAUCUAUACCGUACGAGUGGGAAUAUAUCUCCAUCAGACCAUGCAAUUCUUUUAAUGGAUGAUCUCCUAAAUCUCUCUUUACAUAGAUAUGAAACUGUUCGAGGACUUGCUGGAAAAGCUCUCUUGAAGAUGAUUAAGCGAUGGCCAUCUAUGAUUUCGAAGUGUGUGCUCACUCUUACUGAAAACAUACGGGACCCCAAUUCACCAGAAUAUGCGGUCCUAGGUUCUUGUGCUGUACUUGCUACGCAAACUGUUCUGAAACAUUUGACUAUGGACCCAAAGGCAUUCUCAUCUUUUCUCCUUGGGAUUCUUUCAAGCUCUCAUCAUGAAUCACUGAAAGCUCAAAAGGCGAUAAAUGAGCUUUUUGUCAAAUACAACAUCCACUUUGCGGGAGUAUCUAGAAGCAUUUUCAAAACAUUGGACAAUCAUUCAGAUGGGCCUGAUUUUACGAAUCUGGUUUCUCAGAUUGGUUCUAUGAGUUUUGAUUCUACUGGCUUGCAUUGGCGGUAUAAUCUGAUGGCUAAUAGAGUUCUACUAUUGUUGGCUAUGGCAUCGAGGAAUGAUCCACAUUUCUCACCAAGCAUUUUGAGUGAAACUGCUGGUCAUUUCUUAAAGAACUUAAAAAGUCAACUUCCUCAGACAAGAAUACUUGCAAUCUCAGCCCUAAAUACAUUAUUGAAAGAAUCACCUUAUAAGCUGUCAGCCGAGGAAAAGGCCAAAGAAAGUCCCAAAUCCUCCCUUGAAGGAGCUUUAAGCCAAAUAUUUCAGGAAGAGGGAUUUUUUAAUGAGACUUUGAAUAGUCUUUCACAUGUUCAUAUCAUCUCUGAUACUGAAAGUGCAUCUUCAAGAGGAAAUCAUGGAAAUUCUUCCUUUCAGAGCCUAGCAGACAAAUCAAUCAGCCGUUUCUAUUUUGACUUUUCGGCUUCAUGGCCACGGACUCCUAGUUGGAUCUCUUUAUUAGGAAGUGAUACUUUUUACUCAAGCUUUGCACGGAUUUUUAAACGAUUAACACAAGAAUGUGGUAUGUCUGUAUUGCUGGCGCUCAAAAGUACAUUGGAGGAGUUUGCAAAUGCUAAGGAGAGGUCUAAACAGUGUGUUGCUGCUGAAGCAUUCGCUGGAGUAUUACAUUCUGAUGUCAAUGGUCUUUUAGGUGCAUGGGACAGCUGGAUGAUGGUCCAAUUGCAGAAUAUCAUACUAGCACCAACAGUGGAAUCCAUACCUGAGUGGGCUGCCUGUAUACGCUAUGCUGUUACAGGCAAGGGAAAGUAUGGCACAAAAGUUCCUCUUCUGAGGCAAAAAAUUUUGGAUUGCCUGGUAACACCUUUACCUCAUAUGGUGACUACCACUGUAGUUGCCAAGCGCUAUGCUUUUCUUUCUGCUGCACUCAUAGAAGUGUCUCCACAAAAAAUGCCAGUGACUGAAAUACAGCUCCAUAACAAACUACUCAAGGAGUUGCUGGCUAAUAUGAGUCAUUCAUCUGCCCAAGUAAGGGAAGCUAUUGGUGUUACCCUUUCUGUGUUAUGCUCUAACAUUCGGCUUUAUAGAUCCUUUGCUCAUAAUUAUUCACACGAAGGGUUAGAUAGUGAUGUGGUGAACCAAGUUAAAGGAGAAAGUUGGGUUCAAUUUUUAACAGAACAAGCAUUGGAAUUGGUUAUGAACAUUCAGAAAACUAGUCAGUCUGACAAUUUGGAGAUUCCGACAGAUUCAAUUCCUGAAAAUGGGCUUUCAAAUGGGAACUCACAGGAUGACAUUAAAUGGAUGGAAACGUUAUUCCAUUUUAUUAUCUCGUCUCUGAAGUCUGGAAGAUCUUCAUAUUUGCUGGAUGUAAUUGUGGGUCUUCUUUAUCCUGUAAUUUCCUUGCAGGAAACAUCAAAUAAAGAUUUGUCAACAUUGGCCAAGGCAGCUUUUGAAUUACUAAAGUGGAGGAUUUUUUGGGAACCCCAUCUCCAGAAGGCUGUAUCUGUGAUUCUUUCUUCAGCCAAUGACUUUAACUGGAGGACUAGAUCUGCAACUCUUACAUAUCUUCGGACUUUUAUGUACAGGCACACUUUCAUUCUCUCAAGGGUGGAGAAACAACAAAUAUGGAAAACGGUCGAGAAGCUACUGAUUGACAAUCAAGUGGAGGUAAGAGAGCAUGCGGCAGCAGUUCUAGCAGGUUUGUUGAAGGGUGGGGAUGAAGAUCUAGUUAGAGAUUUUCGUGAUGGAGCUUACAUGGAGGCAAAGAAUAUCCAGAGGAAGCGAAAACAGAGAAAUUUGAAUCCUGGUCAGUCCAUAGCUUCUAUACAUGGUGCUGUACUUGCUUUGGCAGCUUCAGUCUUAUCAGUUCCUUAUGACAUGCCCAGUUGGUUGCCUGAACAUGUUACUUUACUGGCUCAUUUUGUUAGAGAGCCAUCACCUGUGAAAUCUACUGUUACGAAAGCAGUUGCAGAGUUCCGUCGGACCCAUGCAGAUACUUGGAAUGUUCAGAAAGAUUCAUUUUCUGAAGAGCAGCUUGAGGUUCUGGCUGAUACAUCUUCAUCAUCUUCAUAUUUUGCUUGAUCCACCUUAUACCAUUGAGUAGAAGAGGAAAAUAAUAGAAACACAUUGAUUGAAAAUAAUGUUGAGAAAUUAUGCCUUUAUUGAUAAUUUGAUCAUAAUCCAUAAAAUGAACUUUUAUUUA